AUGACUAAAAAGAUUCUUAUUACUGGCGCAUCUGGUCUCAUUGGUGGCAUCCUAAUUCAACAUCUAUCCAAAAACUCCAACUAUAAUAUUUAUGGUAUCGAUAGACAUGUUGCAUUAUCGAUACGCUAUCAACUUGAAAACACGCCAUUGUCGAAAGAUUUACAACCAAUAUUACCCAUGAAAGAGAAGUUUUUCCUAUGUGAUAUUUUGGAUAAGGAUGAACUUUCGCGUAUUAUUCGAGAUAAUAAAAUUCAGAUUAUAAUUCAUUUAGCAGCAGUUUUAGAAAUGGAAACAGUUGAACAAAUUGAACAUAUUAAUUGUAAUGGCACAAAGAUUAUAUUCGAUAUAGCAAGAGAACAAAAUCUUGUUGAAAUGGUGAUCUAUGGCAGUUCAGCUAUGACUGUUUUUGGUUAUUUUGAAAACGAACCUUACUUAUCAUUAGCAAAAAACAUUCAACCUCAGCAACCGUUAACAAAAAUAACAAUUAAUGAUCCACCAAUACCAUCGCAUUUUAAUCCAUCCUUUGAAGCAUAUUGUAAAAGUGAAAUCUAUGGUGAAGAUUUAGCGAGACAAUAUUCAUCAAUUAAUGGAAAUAAAGUAAAAUUUAUUUGUCUCCGAUUCGGUUACAUAAAUACAACUGAUGAUGUAACAUCUAACGUACACAAUUGGUCGAUUAAAGCAAUUUUGAUGUAG